CUUGGUCGUCGCCAUCGCCAUCGCCAUCGCCAUCACCGUCGUCAUUCCUCUAGCAAACUGUUCAUCCCGGAGGCUGCUAUCCCACCAUGUCGAUGGUCGCUGACACCCAUCCGCAAGGGCCGAUAAUCCCGGAGCUCUAUCCAAAGAACCACGGCAAGCCUCGCACCUUGGGUCCUGCCGAGGCCUUUUUCAUCUCGUCGCUUGCCCCAGCCUUGGCGGUUAUCUUUACGAACCCAUUCGACACCGCAAAAGUCCGGCUGCAGCUCCAGGGUGAGCGGAUGAAGCAGAUCAUGAAGGCGGCCGUGACCAAAGAAGCCGGUGAACUGGCCGCCAAGAAUGCCAUGGUCUACAAGGGCUCCUUCGACUGCCUCCAAAAGAUCUACAUCAACGAGGGCCUGAAGGGACUGCAGAAGGGGCUGACGCCUGCCAUGCUGCGAGAGUCAUCCAAGAACUUUUUCCGUCUGGGCAUGUACGACCCGAUCAUGAGUGCGAUCCACAACCCGGCCGAUGGCUCGCCGCCUGCAUGGAAACGAGUCAUCGUCGGCUCGAUCUGCGGCGCCAUGGGUGCUCUCUCGUGCAAUCCUUUUGAGCUCGUGAAAACGAGACUGCAAUCAUCUGCUGCUGGCAAGAUCGCUGUUGGACAUCAACACGGUUACACCGGCGUGAUUAGUGCGCUCAGAUCAAUCGUUUCGACAGACGGAUGGACGGGGCUGUACCGCGGAUCGCUUCUCAGCGUCGCUCGUUCGAUCGCCGGGAGCGGGAGCAACUUGGCCGCAUACUCGAUGCUGAAGGAGUACCUCAUCUCAGACCUGGGAUGGGAAGAUGGCACACGAAUGGACGUCGUUGCGGGUCUGGGAAGUGGCAUUGUAUCUUGCAUCUUCAUGAACCCCAUCGACGUCGUGCGUACGAGGUACUACAAUCAGCCGUACAAGGACGGAAAGGGUUUGAUCUACUCAAGUGGACUGGACACCAUCAAGAAGCUUGUUGCAAACGAGGGUGUUACUGCCUUCUAUAAGGGUGCCUUGACGCACUUUUUGAGAAUCGGGCCGCAUUUCUGUCUGACCUUUGUUUUCCUGGGGUGGCUCCGCCGCGGGCUAUCAGACUACUACGCCCGCCGAGAUCUUCAGGACUCAUUUUCUGUCUUUGACGAAGACGGCAAUGGGACUCUUGAUCGCUCUGAGGUGUUCCACGCAAUAGAAAAGAUCUUCCCCAGACCCCUCAAUCUAGGGCAAGACGAAUACAGAGCCCUGCUCUAUCGCUAUGCUUCCCAGGUGAUUGCUACCGCUGAUCGCAACAAGGACUCGGUCAUCAGCUUUGACGAAUACGACGCCGCCAUCAAGGAAAUCAAGAAGCUGAGAAGCGACAUGCAAUUCCACAAAACACGAACCUCAUUCGCAUAGCCUGCAUCGCCCCGACUACAUGAGGCUCUGUGGCCUCGACGCAAGCUGCCAGAGCAUUCCAUUCCACCUUUCCUAUGCUAUACAUCGUUGCUUGUCUGUUCGUUUGCAACCCCUGUCAUGUGCAUAUCCCUUCUCGACCCUCUAGAUGUCUUGGGGCUGUCGCCUUACCUGGUCUUGCCCGCUGGGCUUUGGAUCAUCGGAGCCAAAGAAAAGAAAAGAAAGAAACAAGACCUCCGAUCAUAGAUGAUGGAUACCUUGGACCACCUUUGUCUAGCCGGUGUGGUCCGCCAAAAAUUUGUUUCCGUCGCGUUUGACUCUCCGCUUCAGUAUGACGGACCUGUUUGUCUGUUCUAUGCACUGUCUGCUCUUCAACAUACUCUGAGAAGCAAACCAAAAGAUUCCUCUCAACUCUGCUUCAGGAUACCGG